AUGGCAGACGUGGAAAUGACUGAUGCUCAGCCGGAACAAACAGCCCCAAAAACUAGAGGUUCAAACAAAUUAAUUUCAGGCGGACAAAGCGAACGUACCGCCGAUGUAAAACCGAGAUUUGAAGUCAAGAAGUGGAGUGCCGUGGCUCUUUGGGCAUGGGACAUUGUCGUAGAUAACUGCGCUAUAUGCAGAAAUCACAUCAUGGAUCUGUGUAUUGAGUGUCAAGCAAAUCAGGCCUCCGCAACAUCCGAGGAGUGUACUGUUGCUUGGGGGAUUUGCAAUCACGCCUUUCAUUUUCACUGCAUAUCACGAUGGCUUAAGACUCGACAAGUUUGUCCGCUUGAUAAUCGCGAUUGGGAAUACCAAAAGUAUGGCCGUUAA